AUGGCUGUCGACGCAAUGGAUAUCGAUAAUUCCCCUGUGACAACUCCAGAGGUUGAGCGCAAACGCAAACACAAAAAGCAAGAUCCUUCAUCUCCAACGAAGAAGCGCAAAGCCGAUAAAUCUUCUAAAUCUAAAAGCAAGAAGGAUCAAUCUUCUGAAAUCACCGACGAAAACCCCGAGUCCCCCUUCUCGCUCACAAAGGCUACUCUAUACCUGCCUCUUGCGCCAAUCUCCAUCUCUCCAACUCAUGCAUUGGCCUCUCUUCAGGCGGAGCAUCUCGCCCCGCUUCUCUUAACCUACUUCCCACCUUUAAAAGGUGUGGUAAUGGCAUACUCCAACGCUUCAAUCUCUAGUAAACCGCCUUCUCCAAACCCUCGUCAAUCCAACACAGAAAAUCCCGCCCCGCUCACCAUGGCCAAGACGGCUGACGAGUACGGUGUCCUCUACGUUUACCUCACUGCGACGUUCCUUAUCUUCCGUCCUAAGCGUGGCCAAACUCUAGAGGGAUGGGUGAAUGUUCAAUCAGAGGGGUUCCUCGGCGCUGUGGUCUCCAACCUUUUCUCCGUGGGUAUUGAGCGCAAGCGUCUCCCUACAAACUGGAAAUGGGUUCCGCCUGGCGAGGAGGGAGAGGAUUCACCUGAUGGAAGUGAUGCUAUUAAAGAUGCAACGACAGAUGAUGAGUCCGGACGAAGUGAGAAGGCUGUUUUCGAUGCUGAGAAGGAACAUUUCCAGCCUUCUGCGCUGGCUAUCGAUGAGCUGGAUCUGGGUGAAGAUGAAGAGGCUGAGGCUGCUUCUGGUUACUUCCAGUCUGUUUCUGGCCAUCGGGUGCGUGGGGUUGUGAAGUUCCGGGUUGUUGAUAUUGAUGUUAUUCCUGGGUCGGAGAGGGAUCGAGGCUUCUUGAGUAUUGAGGGAACGAUGCUGGAACCGGUUGAGGAAGAGAAGUUGGCUUUUGCGGAACACCAUGGACAGUCUGUUCCUGCUGCUAUCUUUUCGGGGGAUUCUGAGUCUGCCUCUUCUUCGCAGAGGAAGUUUGAGCGUGUCAUUCCUAUUUCUGCUACGCCGGCUGCUGAGGUCGUUGAUGUUGCUGAUGUUGAGCUGGAGCCGAGUGAGAAGGUUCAGAAGAAGGAGAAGAAGGAAAAGAAAGAAAAGAAGGAAAAGAAAGAGAAGAAGGAGAAGAAAGAGAAGAAAGAAAAGAAGGAGAAGAAUUAG